UUUUUUUUUUUUUUUUUUUUUUUCUUCCUCUUACCUUGCUCGGUCUUUUGUGCUGUCCUCGACUUCCCAGAAACUCUCUACGCCCAUCAUCCAUCCCUCUUUAACUCUAGGUCAUGAAAUUUGAACCUACCUAGUUGCUCCUAGCGAGAGAAAAUGUCGACGUGAUCCACCCAGGGUAUCUAUAUGAAGGAAAAGUGUGCACACCCUAGUAUAUAUAACCGCUUUCCCGCCUCCCACAUCUUGCACCCCUGUGCAGGAUUAGUCUAGUGCGUGCAUGCAUGCAGAACCUUCCUCUCUUCAUGACUGCGUGCAUCUAAUCUCACUCUUCGCUCAUCGCUCACCUUUCUUCUCACCUCCAUCCCCCCCGCAUCAUAUAGACCACCAGCCUUUGAGGCUGAUUCGCACAUGCAACCUUAUUCGAGGUAAUAUUCUAUUACUAACGCAAGCGACUUCGAAGUCUUUGCGCUUGCUUUUGGGGGUUGUCAGAAAGACUUCGCGACUAUAACCAUCGUCUUGGGAACAUCCUAUUCUUUAAUAUUUAAUCUGUCAUAUCUCCAUUUGUUUUUGGACUGAACCAGAUCCAAACCCAGAACAGAGAAUAAAGCACGCUCGGGAGAGAAUAUAUGCAUGAGAGAUUCUAAUCGCACGAAUCCGCUCGUACAGAUUUACCAGGGUCUCAUAGGAAGGAAAGGAGGAAAUCCAGAGGACCAAGGCUAUAACCCCGUCCAGCAAUUCGAAAUGGCGGACCACAGCUCAGCACACAAGCCGGGCGACUCGGUGGGGAACACGAUUGAGAUCACAGCCGCUACAUCCAGUGACGGCGGCAGGGCCAGCAUCAGCCAGAACUAUGGCACCGCCUCUCCUCACGGAGAGAGUGAUAGUGCCGUCGCCGCGGACAACGAGGCCGUGAGCCAGGCGCUGCACGCCCUAGAGGGCAAGAAGGUGCGCUGGUACUCGUACCUCACGACGCGCGAUUUCUGGUUCGUGCUCAUCGUCGGCCAAGUGCUGGCGCUGGCCAUCACCUCGACGAACACGUUCUCGUCGCUGCUGGUCAAGCACGACACCUCGAUCCCCGCGUUCCAGACCUUCUUCAACUACGUGCUUCUGACGCUCUUCUACUUCACCUACACCCUGUACACCUACGGCUUCAAGAAGAUGUGGCACCUCCUGCUGCACGACGGGUGGAAGUACUUCAUCCUCUCCUUCCUCGACGUCGAGGGCAACUACUUCACCGUGCUCGCCUACAACUACACCAACCUCCUGUCCGCGCAGCUCAUCAACUUCUGGGCCAUCGUCGUCGUCGUCAUCAUCUCUUUCCUCCUGCUCCGCGUGCGGUACAAGAUCUUCCAGGUCGUCGGCAUCCUCAUCUGCGUCGGCGGCACCGGCGUCCUGCUGGCUAGCGACCACAUCCAGGGCACCAACGGCGGGCCCGGCGUCAACCUGGUCAAGGGCGACCUAUUCGCGCUGCUCGGCGCCACCCUCUACGGCUUGACCAACACUUUCGAGGAGUGGUUCGUCAGCAAGCGUCCGGCCUACGAGGUCCUCGCCAUGCUCGGUUUCUUCGGCAUCUUCAUCAACGGCGUGCAGGCCGCCAUCUUCGACCGGGAGUCGCUCCAGAACGCCCACUUCACGGGCCCCGUCAUCGGCUACAUCGUCGGGUACACCCUGGCCCUCACCCUCUUCUACUCCAUCGUGCCCUUCAUCUUGCGCAUCGCCUCGGCCGCCUUCUUCAACAUCUCGCUGCUGACGGGCAAUUUCUGGGGCACCAUCAUCGGCGUCCGCGUCUUGGGCUACACCGUCCACUUCCUCUACCCCAUCGCCUUCGUCCUCAUCAUCGUCGGCCAGCUCACCUACUUCCUCGCGGGCUCCAUGCUCGGCGACUCCAAGAAGCCCUGGCUCGGCGACGCCCAGGAAGACGGCAUCGCCGGCUUCGGCACCGCCAAGCUCAAGGCUAUCAACGCCGCCCGGCGAGCCCAAGUAGUCUCCGCCGAGGACGAGAACCCGCCUGCGACGCAACAAGUCUAAGGAGGAUCGACGGUGUUUAGUAUCGAAUUGGUCAAUAUUUAAAACGAUAGUCCAUGAUUUUUGAAUACCCGCUUCGCAGCGGGUGAAAUGAACAAGAACAAAGUUAAAGAGUGUAUCAAACAUAUGUCCCUCUACCUAUAAUCUCGUUCCAUCAUAUGAUAUGAAUCGCCCGGUCUUGCUAUGUAGUUCAGGCAGAAGACCAAGUGACUAAACAAGCCAGCGAAGAGUAAUCUGGUACAGUCUGUUGGGAUACUUAAGUGAUUAUCUGAUCAACAUGGAAGGUAAACCCUGUCCGUCACGGCCCUAGAGACUUCGAUCACAAGUCGAUCAUGGACUAAUAUAGAGGAUCGCA